UUGCCAAAGGAGGAAAACAACAAUUGCAGCGCAGCGACAGUGUUAGCAAUAGAAGAAAAACCACAUAGAGUGUGGAAAAAAGAAGUUCGCAAAAUUUUGCUGUCAACAAUCAAAAAUAGAUUAAAUUUUCAAUUUAUAUGUCCAAAAUAGUGUGUGCGAGAAAAAAAAGAGAGAAGAAGUCAAGUGUGAGCUUGACGUUCAUUGAAUAAAUUUGGAAUGAAUGAAAAUUGUGUGAAUUUGCGACCGUGUGACGAAAAACGAAAAGACAAUUUGGUGCUAUGUGAUUUGACCAACGCAUCGUUUGUUGUGGCAACAAAGUGAAUUUUUGUGCAAAUUAAAACAUCACGAUUUCUCGGAAUUGGAAAGCAUUUUUUUUUUUUAAUUUUUUCGUUCGCUUUUUGUUUCGUUUUGUGAAAACAAAAUUUGAUUACCAAAUGAAUUUCGGCAAUGAAUGAGGCGAUCACGUCACCGUCAUCAUCGCCGCUGCCAUCAACACCAGCCAAUCGUCACGAAUUAGCAUUAAAUCAAAGCCAAAGUUUCAAUUUAAGUGAAAUCAUUUUUAAAGUUUAUAAUCAGGCCGUGUGCCAUUCAUUUGACGCCCUGGAGCAUAUUGUGGUGUGUAUUGGAUUUUACGCAAUUCUAUGCCUGAUUGUGUAUAUAUUGAUCUUUCGAAAAUGGGCAACACUGUGGAAUCGAAAUGCGACCAAUGUUCGAUUUCCAAACACAUGCAAACGUGUUUUAUUCAUCACAGCCCAUCCGGAUGAUGAAUCCAUGUUCUUUGGACCAACCAUCGUUUCACUUACCAAACGACCCGAUUGCCAUGUCUAUAUUCUCUGCUUAUCCAAUGGCAAUCAUGGAAAAUUGGGCCAUCAGCGUCAACGUGAAUUGUGGGACGCGUGUAAAAUUUUACAAAUUCCCGCUGAAAAUAUAACAUUAGUAAACGCCACAUUGUUACCUGACGAUCCGACUGUGACCUGGAAACCACAAAUAAUCGCUAAGCAAAUACUGAAACAAGUUCACAGUUUGGACAUUGACACAAUCAUCACAUUCGACCGGGAUGGUGUUAGUCAUCAUGCCAAUCACUGCGCAAUAUUCUACUCAAGCAUAUCGAUUUAUGUGGCAAAUCUUUUGCAUGAAGGUUGUCGUUUAUUCACAUUGGAUUCGGUGAAUGUGUGCCGAAAAUAUUCGUUCCUCUUUGAUUUAUUGUUAAGCAUGACCUUAUCAAAUACAUGGUGCAUAGUAGGUUUGACGGAUUUUUGUCGAAUUCAAAAAGCAAUGCGCGCACAUCACUCACAAAUGGUAUGGUUUCGACGAUUAUACAUCAUAUUUUCGCGAUAUAUGAUCAUCAAUACGUUGCGAGAAAUUCAAUUGUCCGAUGCCGAACUGGAAAUGCAAAUCGAUUCACUACAAAAAUCAAACUGAACAGUAUCGUCGUGUGGGACGAAAGACAACCAAAUUAUAACACCAAACAACAACUGCUUUACCUUUCUAGAAAACAUACAAAUUAAUCAACACAAAUCUAUGGUUAAAUAAUUUAGAUCAAAUUUAUUGUAGAGACGAAAGAGAGAGAUAGAGGAGUAGAGGAAAAAUGGUGUACUUUAUGAUAGAGAUUUAAGAUGGCAAUAAUUACUUUAAUAAGCCCAAGCUACCACAAUGUUCAAUUCUAGUCCAUGGACACAAUUGCUUUUUUUUCCAAUUUUUUUCUCUUUAUAUAUAUGGCAUUGAAUUUUUUUUUCUUCGGUACUUGAAUUGAUGAAGAAAAAAACAUAUUUUUGAUAAUAGAAACAUGUUGGGAAUUUAAUGGAUUAAAUGUUUAAUGAAAUUUAGAAAAAAA